AUGGCGGAGGUGGUGAGUCCGGUGCCCGGGGCGGGGCGGAGGGAGCCAGGGGAGGUGGGUAGAGCCCGAGGCCCCCCAGUAGCCGACCCUGGCGCCGCGCUGUCUCCCCAGGGGGAGAUAAUCGAGGGCUGCCGCCUGCCCGUCCUGCGGCGGAACCAAGACAACGAAGAUGAGUGGCCCCUGGCUGAGAUACUGAGCGUGAAGGACAUCAGUGGCCGGAAGCUUUUCUACGUCCAUUACAUUGACUUCAACAAACGCCUGGAUGAAUGGGUGACCCACGAGCGGCUGGACCUAAAGAAGAUCCAGUUCCCCAAGAAAGAGGCCAAGACCCCCACCAAGAACGGACUUCCUGGGUCCCGCCCCGGCUCUCCAGAGAGAGAGGUGCCGGCCUCCGCCCAGGCCAGCGGGAAGACCUUGCCAAUCCCGGUCCAGAUCACACUCCGCUUCAACCUGCCCAAGGAGCGGGAGGCCAUUCCCGGUGGCGAGCCCGACCAGCCGCUCUCCUCCAGCUCCUGCCUGCAGCCCAACCACCGCUCAACGAAACGGAAGGUGGAGGUGGUUUCACCAGCGACCCCAGUGCCCAGCGAGACAGCCCCAGCCUCAGUUUUUCCCCAGAAUGGAUCAGCCCGUAGGGCAGUGGCAGCUCAGCCAGGACGGAAACGAAAAUCGAAUUGCUUGGGCACUGAUGAGGACUCGCAGGACAGCUCAGAUGGAAUACCGUCAGCUCCUCGCAUGACUGGGAGCCUGGUGUCUGACCGGAGCCACGACGACAUCGUCACCCGGAUGAAGAACAUCGAGUGCAUCGAGCUGGGCCGGCACCGCCUCAAGCCCUGGUACUUCUCCCCAUACCCGCAGGAGCUCACCACUCUGCCCGUCCUCUACCUCUGCGAGUUCUGCCUCAAGUACGGCCGAAGCCUCAAGUGUCUGCAGCGUCACUUGACCAAGUGUGACCUGCGACAUCCUCCAGGCAACGAGAUUUACCGAAAGGGCACCAUCUCCUUCUUUGAGAUCGAUGGACGUAAGAACAAGAGUUACUCCCAGAACCUGUGUCUUCUGGCUAAGUGUUUCCUCGACCACAAGACACUGUACUAUGACACAGACCCUUUCCUCUUCUACGUCAUGACGGAGUAUGACUGCAAGGGCUUCCACAUCGUGGGCUACUUCUCCAAGGAAAAGGAAUCCACAGAAGACUACAACGUGGCCUGCAUCCUGACCCUGCCUCCCUACCAGCGCCGGGGCUACGGCAAGCUGCUGAUCGAGUUCAGCUAUGAACUCUCCAAAGUGGAAGGGAAAACGGGGACCCCUGAGAAGCCCCUCUCGGAUCUCGGCCUCCUAUCCUACCGAAGCUACUGGUCCCAGACCAUUCUGGAGAUCCUGAUGGGGCUGAAGUCAGAGAGCGGGGAGAGGCCGCAGAUCACCAUCAAUGAGAUCAGUGAAAUUACCAGCAUCAAGAAAGAGGAUGUCAUCUCCACUCUACAGUACCUCAACCUCAUCAACUACUACAAGGGCCAGUAUAUCCUCACACUGUCGGAGGACAUCGUGGAUGGGCACGAACGGGCUAUGCUCAAGCGGCUUCUUCGGAUCGACUCCAAGUGUCUGCACUUCACUCCCAAGGACUGGAGCAAGAGGGGAAAAUGGUGACCAGGCACUGCCCGUGGCAGUGCCAGCGAAGCCAGCA